CAUAGAAAAAAACAGAAAGGAAACACUUGAGCAGGUUGCAUCACUUUAUUGAUAUAAAAACACCAAAGGGUAGAGCAGAAUAGGAAAAUUUCCUUCUUGUUAUUCUGUACUCAAUGGGAACGUUCUCUUCAGUCUAUCCCAUGCCCCAGCAUCCGCGUUUUUGUACGUAUCCGUUAACUAGCAAUAGCGUAAUGGUACUGUACGGUCACCCAGAUUCUGAUUCACAUGUAUGGUACAACGUCAGUAAUGUUUACUUUUGAGCUGCCCAGCAACGAACUGCGAUGACUGUGGACAGCUAUCCAAGCUACCUCAUUAGGCUAGUUAAGAUAACAAAUCACAGUCCACAGAGCAUCUUACUGCAUAUCUCAGCAGUUUCAUCUAACUAGACGACACAGUAUCUAUAGCAUGUACAUCGCUGUAUUCUAUGUAUAAACUAAACAAUUUGCCAGGUAUUUAGUGAUCUAAUUCAUGUGAACUAACCUUCAAAAUAUCGUGAUUGCCACACUAAAUAUGGCUACUAUUCAUUGGCGGUUUGUGUCCAGUACGACGAAUAAACUGACGCAUGCGCAUUACCUAGGCCCGGGUCCGCGAUACAAGAUGGCGGAGACGGUGGGGAGGGAGAGGCGGAGGCGGGUCUGGACUGAAUAGAGUAAAGCCUGUACCGGAUUCCCAACAAACCUCUCCAAGGACAGAUGAGGAGAGAUGACAAGUGAAAACCAUGGAACAGUGAAGGGGGACACCACUCUGGUGAUGUCACCCUCUGGGUCCUCCUCUCAGGGGCAGCCCCUCUUGCCCUCAACCAGCAAACCCAUCCAGGAGCUGCCAGAUGAGCUGAUCCAGGCUGGGUGGUCCAAAUGUUGGAGCAAGAGGGAGAAUCGGCCCUACUACUUCAACCGCUUCACCAACCAGUCGCUGUGGGAGAUGCCAGUGCUGGGGCAGCAUGAUGUCAUUUCUGACCCCCUGGGUUUAAAUGCUGCCCCAGCUACGGCAGAGGGGGCAGGUGAUCCUAGCCUGGGAAAUGGGCAAAGCAAAAGGCGUCUAUCGGAGGAGGCUACCCAGGGAAAUAGCUUCAAGAGGCCCAAGGUGGAGAUGACACCCGUGACUCCCACCACGCCCACAGUCCCCAUCUCCCCGAGUACGCCGGGGGCCAAGCUGUGGAGCUCCACUACAGAGGACAAGCACUCUCAGCCGAUCUUGCCGACUCCUGCGCCGGCGUACCGCCCGACCGCGGUGUACUGGGAUCUGGACGUGCCGACGAACGCGGUAAUUAGAGAGAGAGCUCCGGCUGACCACUUGCCACCCCACCCUGAGAUAGAGCUGCAGCGGGCGCAGCUCACAGCCAAGCUACGGCAGCACUACCAUGAGCUGUGUUACCAGCGGGAGGGAAUCGACCCCCCACGCGAGUCCUUCAACCGCUGGCUACUGGAGCGUAAGGUGGUGGACAAGGGGACUGACCCCUUGCUGCCCAGUGACUGUGACCCUGUCAUUUCUCCCUCCAUGUUCCGUGAAGUGAUGAAUGACAUCCCUAUCAGGUUGUCCCGUAUAAAAUACAAGGAGGAGGCCCGGAAGCUCUUGUUUAAAUAUGCAGAGGCUGCGAAAAAAAUGAUUGACUCAAGGAACGCUUCACCAGACAGUAGGAAGGUUGUGAAGUGGAAUGUCGAAGACACCAUCAACUGGCUGAGGAAAGACCACUCUGCCAGCAAAGAGGACUACAUGGAUCGUCUGGAGCACUUGCGCAAACAGUGCGGUCCCCAUGUAGCGGCGGUGGCCAAGGACUCUGUAGAGGGGAUCUGCACCAAGAUCUACCACAUCUCCGCUGAGUAUGUGCGCCGCAUCCGGCAGGCCCACCUGAACCUUCUCAAAGAGUGCAACAUCACUGAUGGGGCAGAGGCUCCGGAGGUGCAGGACAGGCUGGUGUACUGCUAUCCAGUCCGGCUGGCCCUCCCCUCGCCCCCCCAGCCCCGAGUCGAACUGCACUUCGAGAACGAUAUCGCCUGCCUGCGCUUCAAAGGCGAAAUGGUCAAGGUCAACCGCAACUACUUCAACAAGCUGGAGCUACUCUACCGGUACAGCUGCAUCGAUGAUUCGAGAUUUGAGAAGUUCCUGUCGCGAGUGUGGUGUCUUAUCAAGAGAUACCAGGUGAUGUUUGGCUCCGGUCUGAAUGAGGGCACUGGGCUGCAGGGGGCCCUUCCCGUGCCUGUGUUCGAGGCGCUGAACAAGCAGUUCGGCGUGACUUUCGAGUGUUUCGCCUCCCCGCUCAACUGCUACUUCAAACAGUUCUGCUCCGCUUUCCCCGACAUCGACGGCUUCUUCGGAUCCCGGGGGCCUUUCCUGAACUUCUGCCCGGCCAGUGGCUCCUUUGAGGCCAACCCACCCUUCUGUGAGGAGCUCAUGGAUGCCAUGGUGACACAUUUUGAGGAGCUCUUGGAGCGCUCGAAAGAGCCCUUGUCCUUCAUCAUUUUUGUUCCUGAGUGGCGUGACCCCCCCACCCCUGCUUUGACCCGCAUGGAGGCCAGCGCCUUUCGCCGCCACCAGCUGACAGUGCCAGCGUUUGAGCACGAGUACCGCAGUGGCUCUCAGCACAUCUGCAAGAGAGAGGAGAUGUACUACAAGGCAGUCCACGGAACGGCGGUGAUCUUCCUCCAGAACGAUGCGGGCUUCGCCAAGUGGGAGCCCACCCCUGAGCGCAUCCAGGAGCUGCAGGCUGCCUACCGGGUUUCGGGACGAUCCCUGUCCUCGCCAGGACCCUCCUCAACCUCCUCCGCUAACACAGGAGGAGACAAAGAUUCCAAAACUGGACAGGAGGGGGCGAGCUUGGACACUCCAGGAAACCAGGACAAUUCCAGUCCUAAGGAAAAGAACGCCCCAGACUCGGCAAACAUAUAAACAGGGUGAGGGGUGGAGGGAGUAUCGGGGGGGUGUGGA